CGCGCGGGGGACGAGGCGGCGGCGGCGGCGGAGCAGCUCGGAGCCGGCGGGCGCACCCGCGGCCCUUCCCUCUGCGCGCAGACUUCAAAUCAAAGACGCAGCCAUGAAAGAUCCAAGUCGCAGCAGUACUAGCCCAAGCAUCAUCAGCGAAGAUGUGAUUAUAAAUGGUCAUUCUCAUGAAGAUGACAAUCCCUUUGCAGAGUACAUGUGGAUGGAGAACGAGGAGGAAUUUAACAGGCAGAUCGAAGAGGAGUUGUGGGAAGAAGAAUUUAUUGAGCGCUGUUUCCAGGAGAUGCUGGAAGAAGAGGAGGAGCACGAAUGGUUUAUUCCAGCCCGUGAUCUCCCACAAACAAUGGAUCAAAUCCAGGACCAGUUCAAUGACCUUGUUAUCAGUGACAGCUCAUCACUGGAGGAUCUAGUGGUCAAGAGUAAUCUGAAUCCAAACGCAAAGGAGUUUGUUCCUGGGGUGAAGUACUUAAAUAUUUGAGUAGACUGGGCCCUCUCUUGGUGGAUGUAGCACAAUUUCCACACUGUGAAGCCAGUAUUAGAAGAUUUAAUUGUAAAAGCUCUCUCUUCUUGUCACUGUGUUACACUUAUGCAUUGCCAAAGUUUUGUUAGUCUUGCAUGCUCAAUAAAAGUGCUGAGACUGUUAUUAAGUAAA